AAAGAUUUCCUGAAUUAACUUAAUUAAUGAAAACAUAAUAAGACACGUCUACAGAUCCAUUUGCAUUUGCUUUUAAUCCUCAAAAUAUUGAAAAUACAGUCAAUAAUGCUAAGAAUACAUUGAAUAAUCCUUUAUUUGGGAUGGCUUAUGCAAAUUUUGGAAAGUAAAUGAAAUUAAUAAUUAAGAAAAUUUUCUGGUAUUGGAGACAAAUAUGAUUCAUUACUUAAUUAAAUAUUCAGCAGUCAAUACAGAUAUUAUUUUGAUGUGGAUAAUAUGUAUGUUGUUAAGAAAUCCAUAAUGACAAUAGCACCUUACCUCUAUAGAGGAAAUUGGGCUCUAAGUAGUAUAUUCUAUAAUAUUAUAAGGCAGUGAGUUUUAAGCAAUUUCACCAACUGAAAAUGUUCAUGCUCCUGAUCUUUAUUUACCUUUAAUGAGUCUAAUAACUUUUGUUUUACUUAGAUGUUUAAAUUUAGGAAUUACUGAUAAGUAAGAAUUUAAUCCAGGGUAUAUUGUGGAUUCAUUCUGGAAAUGCUUGGUUAUUUCUUUUUUGGAAGUAAUUAUUAUCAAAAUUGUUUUUUGCUUUCUGGAUGGUAUUAGAGUCAACACUGUUGAUCUUAUUUCACAUUUAAAUUAUAGAUAUUGCAGGUAUUCCUAAUUGUAAUUAUUAGCUUAUGUGCUCUCAUGGUGUUUAAUAUUCUAAUAAAUAACAAUUUUUUUUCGUCAAUUUGCACUGUUUAUGUACUAAUUUGUUAAGCUAUCUUUGUAUAUAAAACUUUAUAAAGAUAUAGUCCCUCACAUAAUUAGAGUGCACUUGGUAUUUAUAUAUCAUCAUUUAGAACUGAGUAGUUUUGGCUCCAAUAUAACAUUAUUAUUAUCAUUAUUACAGCCAUUUUGUUCUUGGAUUCUGUUGUCCUUUGGUUAAUGAAAUAUAUU